ACACAAACGUUUUCAAAACGGAAAGGAAGUGAGAUAUUUUCCAGCGGCGAAGAAACCAUGGCGGGAAUCGAUACGCAGAAGCAGCUUCUCUCUCUGAUCCGCGACUUCACCUCUGAAAGAUCUCGUGGAGAGCAAAGAGUGGUUGGAUUGAAGAAGCGGAUCGAGUCUCUGCAAUCGGAAGUUGAAGCGGCGAACGAAGAAGUUGAACAUGCGAAAAGAAUCAAAGAAGUGGCGGAAGAGGAGCUCAACGGCUACGAAGUUGAAUCGUCUUUGAACGAUGCUACGAUUCAAUCCCUAGAGGCAAGGAUUGCUCUUCUUCAGGAUGAAGUUUCAACUGUAGGCAAUGAAGUGGAUGCUCUCAAGAACAAGGAAGGAUUACUUAGAGAUCAAUUUAUAAGCCAAAUGGUUGAGCUGAACAAGGAAAUAAGGGUGUUCCAGAGAAAGGUAGCCUCCAGUGUGGGGAAUGAUGAUACAGAUGUGGAAGUGUUUGAGGAUGGUCAUGGAGCUGAUUCACAAGCUAUCAAGGAUAUGCUAUCUGAUGUAAAUUCUCAACUGGCAAAAGAGGAGGAAGGAUACUUAGCAGAGCAGUACAUAAAAGAACAGCUGCAGAAAGAGCUUGAUGAAUAUGAGAAGAAGAUGUCACUCAUGGAGGCCAUAACAGACAAAACUAACUCAGUGCAUGCUCUCGCUGAACAGAGUUCUGAGCUGGAACACACAUUGGCAUCGCUGGGGGAGGAGCUGCAGAAGAGGUGCCGGUGCCAACAUUGCCAGGCAGAAAAUUUGGAAGUCUUGAGCUUACUUCUCCAAGGAGACCAAGAUAUGGUGUCUUAAUUAAAACGAUUUACCUGUGGGUUGCUUGAGGGAGGAUUGAUUUACUCUGGUUCCAAAAUGGUAAGACGUCUACUUUCACCUCUGAGGAUAUAAGUAACAACUUACUAUAGAAAUUUUACUAAAUGCUUGAUGAUGAAGCAAACACUAGUCGUCUAGUGUCUUCAACACUUAUUACGUUUUUCAGUUUUAAUAUCUCGAAAUCUUGAUACCGAA